AUGCUGCGCGCGGUGACGUCUCGAAUCGCGCGCCGCGUCGUCGGCGCGCGCGGCGCGGCGUCGACCGCGGACGCGAGCGGGGUCUGGCGAGGGUACGACGCCGUGCCGGACACGCCCGACGGAUUCACCGCGCGAUUCGCGGUGUCGGAGACGAACCCGAACGGCGUCGAGGUCAUCAUGGAGAAGUGGCGCGCGGGGGCGCGGGAGCCCGCGCACUCGCACCCCGGCGACGACAUGACGGUCGUCGUCGAGGGAUCUAUGGCGGUGCAGUUCUUCACGAAAUCCGACGAUGGGACGCUGGUGAAGGACGGCGCGCCGCUGGUGCUGAAAAAGGGCGACGCGGGGCACAUCGCGGGGGGGAGAAUACACGACGCGGCGUAUCUGGAGGAUUGCAAACUGGUGUACGUGCACGACGGACGAUUCGGGUUCGUCGCCGAGGGCGCGGCGUGA